AUGUUGCGGCGUUUCUGGUCGGCAUCAUCAGAACCCAAUAAAUUUUGUGUGCACACACAAACUGACUUAUCUAUCAAUUUCACAGACGCACAAUCCUCCCUCCUUAUCUGGGCUUCCACUGAGGCCUGGAUUAUCAUCAUCGUGGGCUGCGUUCCGCCCAUUCGCCCCUUGAUGGAACGCAUUCUCCAACACAUCGGUCUCACCAGCAAGAAGACGUCAACUCCUUACUACGACCAGAACCAUCAAGCCUACGCUACAUAUGGAACCAAUAGAUCGCACGUCGCAGCCUACUCAAACCAUAAAUCAAUCUCAUAUAAAGACCACAAGCCGCGGGGGCGAGAGGAGGAAGACUUGGCUUGGGUGGAACACACGAAUGCUCGGGAUUCCAAUGAUAGUAAAGGGCAUAUAAUCGGCGAUACAAACAUUAUGAUCACUACAGAGUUUGGGACGCAAUUUGAGGAGCGCAAUGCUCACCAUGCUGGGUCAUCAGCCACCAGCCAGAAUUUGGGUGAGGGUAGGAUUGGAGAUUCUCACACUGAUAUACAAAAGGUGGUUUGA